CGGCUGAGUUUAGAGGACAAUCCAUCAGAACUCAGAAGGAGCAGCUGCCUGCAAGAAUCAAGCAUCACAAACUAGACAUGGAUUCUUCUCCAGGUUGGUUGAAGCGUGCCCUUAUUAUCUUCUUCUUCGGUGUGAAGGCCAUCAUUUUCGGUAUGGUCGCCGAGAAUAAACUGCCUGUUUUUGGGAAAAGUAUCAUCACGGGAGAAGAUGAUGACUCAAUGGUCAUGUGCGAGCUCCCUCGUCUCAGCGUCGCCAUGGGGAGCCUCUCCGUGCUUUCGCUGCUACUGACCGUUCUCGCCGGCCACUUCGCCGUUCUAUACCCCUACACUGGCAAGAAGAAGACCGCCCACCAGCCAGAGAUUCCUCGUCGAGCUCUGUUCCGCAAAACCAGCCUCACCAUCUUCUUCGUCAUGGCGGAGUUGGUGUCGGCAUCGGCUCUGGCGAUGCUGUUCUGGGCGACCAUCACGGAGCAUGCCAACCUCCGGUACAUGCCGACGAUGCUGCCUGACGGGACCCUGAGCUGCCCGUCGACGGCCAAGACGGACGGGAUGUUUGGUGGCGGUGCCUUGCUGGCCCUCGACGCCACGCUCAUGUGGUUUGUCUGCCUGCUCAUGUCUCUCGAGGCCCGGGCCAACUACCUCGACCUCCACGGAGGAGUCCAGGACGACAUCGACGAUGGCAGCAAAAAGAAACUCGAUCUCCACGGAGACCAUGACAUCAACAACAACGGCAACAACAAGAAACUCGACCUCCACCAAGACGAUGACAUCGAGGACAGCAACUAAGAAACGUGACGGUGACGAUGUUGCCUUCGCGGAGCUUUGCUUGAUCACGGUGAUGAGGCCACAUAGCGAUCAAACGGUGCCAUGGUGUAAUGUGUAAUAAAAACAUGCCAUGUCAUCACCGAAAGCAUCCCAAACUGCUUU